AUGGCAACGAAGACGCCCACCGUAAAACUGGCCUCUGGCUAUGAAAUGCCCCUAGUUGGCUUUGGUAUUUGGAAGGUGCCGAACGAUACCUGUGCUGAUCAAGUUUAUAAUGCUAUCAAGUUAGGCUAUAGACACAUUGAUGGCGCUUGGGAUUACACGAACAGCGCCGAGGCCGGUAAGGGUGUACGGAGAGCCAUCGAAGAGGGCAUCGUGAAGCGAGAAGACGUAUUCAUUACUUCCAAGUUAUGGAACAAUUACCACGCUCGCGAACAUGCAUUCGAGAUGGCUAAGCUAGAGAACGAGGCGUGGGGUUUGGGAUACUUGGACCUAUUCUUGAUCCACUUCCCCAUCGCGCUAGAGUUUAUCCCUUUCGACAAGAUCCGCUUUCCCUGCUUCUGGUCUGAUAAAGAGCAGACUAAAGUCACUCCGUUGGAAAAGGUGCCAAUCUCAGAGACCUGGAAGGCUCUAGAGGAUAUGGUUCAGACUAAGGAGAACCCCAAUGGCUUCAUUAGGAGUAUCGGCAUAUCAAACUUCCAGCCUCAGCUAAUCUAUGACUUGCUGUCGUAUGCGAAGAUCCAUCCGAGCGUCUUGCAGAUCGAGCAUCACCCGUACCUAACGCAGCCCGGCCUUAUCGCCCUAGCACAAGAGAACAACAUUGCCGUAACCGGUUACUCGACAUUUGGCCCGCAGAGCUUUAUCGAGUUGGGCAAUGCUACUGCCAAGGAGAUUAAGCCUCUAUUCGAGACGGAUGUAGUGAAGAGCGUCGCAGCGAAGCACGGCAAAUCUCCCGGACAGGUUCUGCUUCGAUGGUGUACUCAGCGCAACAUCAUUGUUAUCCCUAAAUCGAACAGCGUCGAGCGGCUGAAGCAGAACCUUGAGUGCUGCUCCUUCGACCUGAGUGACGAUGAGAUUAAGCAAAUUUCUUCUUUGAACAUUGACCUGCGAUUCAACAAUCCCGCUGCUCUAGGAAGUAGUAGAAUCUUCGGUUAA